AUGCACAAACCACUCACCAACUGAGCUGAAUGUAUAAAUAUGAGGCAACCACGACUCAACAAUUCAGUUCUGCUCCGAGUGAAGACGUCAAACAAGUCACACAAGCACACGAAAAUCAACAUGAAAUAUUUUAUUAUUGCGAUCCUUGCAAUUGUUGCACUGGCGCACGCCGAAGAUGAGUUUACGGUGAAGACAGCAGCCGAUAUCAAGGUAAUCCGUCAAGAAUGCCUCAAGGAAUUCCCGCUGAGCGAAGAAGACAUCCAGAAGAUGAAGAACUUUGAAUACCCCGACGAAGAGCCAGUACGCAAAUAUUUGCUUUGCACUGCGAAGAAAUUGGACAUCUUCUGCGAACAUGAGGGCUACCACCCCGACCGCGUUGCCAAGCAAUUCAAAAUGGAUUUGGAUGAAGCUGAGGUAUUGGCCAUUGCACAGGGUUGUGCGGAUAAGAACGAACAGGGUAGCAGCGCUGAUGUGCGGGCCUAUCGCGGUCACAAGUGUCUGAUGGCCAGCAAGGUUGGUGAAAAGGUGAAAGCCUUCAUCAAGAAGAGGAUGGAAGAAGCACAAAAACAGUAGAUAAGCGCAAUGGAAUUCGAUGAAUUAAUAAACUAAGUUUUGAUAAAAAAGUAUUUUUCAAAUUAUGAGUGUUCAAAAAAAAGAGACUCGUGAGCACAGAAAAACUUUGUGAAAUAUAACAGUUGGAAAGUUAA